UUGACGAGGCAACGCAACAGAAAGCUGUAUUUGGAUUAAUAACAUGGAAAUUAUCACAUUAAUUAAAUUGUAACCACGAAUUGAACAUUGAAUAACAUUCGAUUCAGUCCUAAAAAAAAUUCGGGAAGACAGAAUUCAAGGAUUGUAUGAAAUGCACACUUGAAAAUGAACGUUUUUGAAAGUUUUAACCUUUGUGGAUAUGCUAUCACCGUUGUAAUUGUUUUGUCGCUGGCACUAUGUGAGUCUUCAUCCCAAACCAUGCCUACCUCCUCAUCCCCAGCUGGAGAGAGCUCAGUGCUGCAUGAUGAUUCCAUACAGUUUGACUUGGUCCCAGACAUAGUGAUGGAUGGCUCAGUGGUCCGAGUUAGUUACCAGUGCUCCAGGGCCUGUGAGGUGGGAGUGGAGGUGGUGGUCUCCACACAGACCAAGACAGGAGCGGCGGUCUUCAGGAGGAGAUGGACCAACCACAGACGCCUCCAUGUCCCCAGGACACAUCCGGUGAAGCUCAGGUUCCCUCCAGACAUGGCCUACAGAGAGGACCUCUUCAUGAUGCGCACAUUGGACGUCCAUAAUGUGAUGGUUCGAGCCUGGUUGGACCACCUUGAGCAAGGCAAUGGAGACAAAGGGCAUGUGAAUAGGACCAGCACAUACAAUGGGUCCCUGGUGAGGACGUUCAAAGUGCUUCAGGCAGUACUUCCCUCUGAGCGUCCAGCUAGACCUUACCCUGGGUGCCCCUCCUGGAUGGCUGAUCUUAGGUGGCAGCUGACCAGAGAUAGAAUCCGCCAGUGCCCACAUGAGUCAGACACUGUGGAUAUGUUGACAUUUCCAAUUGUUAGCACUGGAGAGAGUUUUGGAGUGAUCCGCAAGAUCCACCCUUUCAUCAACAGAGAUCUUGAGAGAGCUCGUGUCCUCACUGUGGAGCAGCCCAGUAUCACAGUGUCUAUAUGGGUCUAUCUGGUGCAGUGGUGUGACAUGAAACUGUGUGGAAUCAUCCAUCAUGUUGAUCAGAACAGCAAAUACGACACUCCUCUGAUACAGCUCACUAACACAGGAGAUAUCAUCAUUCAGGUUCGUGUGGUGUCUGGGGGAGAUCAGGCGUUCAGAGCCCACACAGCUCUGCCUCUCUGGACCUGGAUCAGACUAGACUGCUUCAUACAAGGCUCUAAGGUGACACUGCAAGUUAAACCUGAAGUGACAUCGGGAGGAAUGGUGGAGCACACACACACAUUUGACUUUCAGAGUGACAUCCAUUACAAUGACACUGGUGGAUACUUUGUGAUUGGAGGGGGCAGGUUCAUGCCAGGUUUCCAUGGCUAUUUUGGACCAAUCAAAUACUAUCGUUUGGGCACAGAAAAGGUGAUCAACUCCCUUUCCCCUGCCAAGACAUUAGAGGGCCUGGAUAAGACACACAGAGAGUGUGAUGAGAUCAGAGAAGUCACUGCAGCCUUUCUUCAGGCUGUGACACACAACCAGGAAGUCUUUAUGACAGGUUUGUGUCACUCUCACUACAUCAGUUUAUGGAGAAGGUUUGGACAGAAUACAUGUAGACAGACAUGGACCUGGGAAGCACAGAAGAAGCAUCGUGCACUUUUCACCUUCUUAGAGACCCAGCAAGAGGACUUCACCACAGGAACUAAGAACAGGAGAACACCCCUUCACCUUGGAAGCAGAUUGUUUGAGCAUGUAGUGAAUAGACUGUCCAAUAGAGGGAGCACCCAGAUGGACCCCACCACCACCUUCUCCCUGAUAGCCCUGCUGCAGACGUCCUCCUGCUAUGGCUACCACCACGCCUCCCUGUUGCUCUCCACCAUCCACCUGGCUGGCCUGGGUGGCCCUGUGGACCAACAGCAGGGUCAUAUCUACAGUCUGAUUGGUGCACUGGGAGACAACCGUUUAGCCCUCAUGCAUUUGGGCUACAAACACACACAAGGAAUUGACGGGUUCCCCAAAGACUUUGACAUGGCGUACAGUUACUACUCCAAUGUUGGGGCACAGACCAGUAUUGACCAAGGGAGGGUACUGGAGAAUCAGCAAUCUAUAACUGAGCACAUUCUUAUAAGCAACGAGGACCACCUGAACAGCCUAACUCAUGAGACAGGUGACGCCUUUCAGUUUAUCAAACUUAAAGCUGACAGAGGAGACGUUGAAUCACAGAAACUUCUAGCAAAGCUUCUAUUCUGGGGUCAAAAUGGUGUCUCUAAGAACGUUGGGAGUGCAGUUAAGUGGUACGCUAAGAGUGCCAUGGAGCUGGAGGAUCCUGCAGCUAUGUAUGAGUACUCUAUUUUAUUAUUUAAGGGACAGGGGGUGAAGAGGAACAUGACUCUGGGUCUUCAGAUAAUGGAGAAAGCUGCAGCCAAGGGUUCAGUCCAAGCCUUGAAUGGGCUGGGAUGGUAUUACAGCACCAUACUGAAAGACUACAAGACUGCCUUCAAGUACUUUGAACAGGCUGCCCACAACGGUAGUCAUGAUGGCAUGUUUAACCUGGGAGUGUAUCACUUAAAUGGGAAGAACCCACACAACCCAGAAAAGAAUGAGACUGCUGCGUUCCAUCUCUUCCUAAACUCCUCCCUCUAUGGUCACGUGGACGGGGCGGUGGAGGCGGCCUGGUACCUGUCCAUAGGAAACCUGGAGGGGGUCUCCCGGGACACAGAGAGGGCUGUGAUCAUGCUGAAACAGAUCUGUGAGCAGAAUGGUUACCUGGGAUACAUCGUAAGAGAGGCUCUCCAAGCCUACCUCCAGGGCUCCUGGGGCGAGGCUCUGGUGAGGUAUGCCCUGGCUGCUGAAACAGGUUUGGGAGUCGCCCAGAAUAAUGUUGCCUACCUAUGUGAGGAGUUGAAGCAGAGCUAUGAUUGUCAAUGGAGGUAUUACAACCAUUCCACAAUGAACUAUGCUCCACAUGACUCUGGUUUGGUGAAGAUGGGAGACUACUACUACUCAAGCAGCAGGGAAGGAGCUGUUGAUCAGGCUAUAUCACUGUACAGCAGAGCAGCCCUGGCAGGCAGUUCUCAGGGAAUAUAUAAGUUGGUGGUUUUGGCAGAAGAGGGACAUGAUGUCCCAUUGAUCAUCAGAGACAGAUUAAACAUAUCAGUUCAUGAUGGGCUGGACAUUGUGGUGGAGAGACUCUUACAAAGAUGUGUAGAGUUGGAUGAAGAUGAGGAUCUGACACCAUGUACUUUAGCUCUACUCAGAGUCCACAUUGGAAAAGCCUGGAGAAAAGUUACUGAAGACCCCAUACAGCUGUCACUGGUUUAUACAUCUGUUGUUACUCUCAUCAUUGCUCUGAUUACUGUGCUAAUCCAAAGUGCUCUGGAGUGUCUCGAAGUGGACAUCCCACCUAGACAACGUAGGCAUACCACUGACCGUGCAGUAGAAGACAGGACAGGGACAUCCCCUGUCAAUCAAGCAGAAGUCAAUGGGAAUGGACAGCAGGAUCAGAAUGACCCCAUCAUGAGAGAAGACAGAAUGUCCAGAACUGUUAGAAUGGCCCAGGGUCUAUGGUCCAUUCUACUGAGGGAUGGACAGAGAGUGCAGCGUAUAGCUGACCUGGCUGUUACUGUGUCUGGGGUGUGUCUCUGUGUCCUCUGCACAUUGAUCCUCCAUCAUCUGCUCUGAUAGUUGUUUUAAAGAUUUUUAUUUGCAUAGGAAUGAGUAUAAAUGAUUUCAUAUCCCACCCUCAUUGUCAAUCUGAUAGAAUGAUUGACAAAAAGCGCAGUUGACAGAAAUUGCUGGAGUACUUAUUGUGAAAAAUCUAAAAAAUACUCUUGAUGAAGGGGCCCAACCGGAAGCCCGUAUUGUUAGCAUGAUAAAAAAGUAAUAAUUUGCAAGUUUAGUGUGGGAGUUGAAACUAUGGUUGCAUACCUCCAACUCACAUGCAAACAACCUGUAUGCUAUGGGCAUAUGCUAUUGGCAUACCUUGAAAAUGCCUUGCAUUCAAAUGUUUCCAACUGGCUUGAAUGUUGUCAGAUUUGUUAUGCUCUGUGGAGUAUUUCUAGACAGGGAAUUGGAGCUUAGGUUAUCUCAGAGAAAUGUGCUACACUUGUGUUAAAAAAAAUAUGCUUGAAAAGCAAUUAUGAUGUUAAGAUAAUUUUUAUUAAUUUUAUUGGUUUGAAUGUUCCGUUCUGCAACAAUUCAGUAGAGCUCUUAUAUCAGUGCAAAUGCUGUAAUCAAUAGUUAAUCAAUUGGCUUGGUGGAUACAACCUCAGGACCAGAAGUGAAAGCCUUAGUGGGUUGGUCAGAGAGUGAGAGCUCUGUUCUAAUACUAAUACAUCAGCUAUUAAAGCCAGCGUUUUCCUGGUCCUAUCAGUGACUUUCUGAUGAUAAGUGUCCCUAGCAGCAUGGCACUGGACAGGGAACAACAGCACGUGGGGCUCUUAAACGUCUUGUCUGUUUACGUCCGCUACGUUAGGUUAGUCCAAGGCCGAUCAGAUGGACUGGCUUCUGCUGGUUAACUUAUUACAGUUUUUGUCUGAGCAGCUGUCCAGAUUCUGCUUGAUUUAUUAGUAAGGGUUAUGAAUCAUACAUAACUAUGAUGGGUUACCCAGAGUAAAUAUGGUGGGUCUGCAAGAGUAUGAGUGUGUGCAGCAUUCCUAGACCCAGGGCCAGGGUUUAAGUCAGAUUUUUCAUGUAAUUAACUGUCAGUUCUCCGUAUGUGGGUCAGUGAGUGAGAUAUGAUUGUAUUCUGUGAAACACACUAAGCCCCAUCAUCAUGUUGAUACAGUACUUCAGAUAAGAACUUCGUAUUAUGGGGAUGGUAGAACUGGUACUAUGGAUCUGUGUUAUGUAUUUCAUAAUAGGUUGGGGAACUUCUAUGAGCUAAACAGCAGAAUCCUUUCUAGUAUUUGCUUGAUCAGCUGUUAUUUACAGCAUAAACUGCAACUGUUGGAGGGCUCUCUUUCUCUUUCUCUCUUUAAUAUGCAGAUCAUUAUUUAAUCAUUACAUGACGAUUGAUAUUACCUUGAAUCUUGGCAACAACAAACACAGAUGAACAAGAUUAAUUGCCAACAAACACUGUGACAAAAUGUAAUAAAUGUGACAGUUUAACUGCUA